AUGGGGAAUGGGAUGAACAAGAUCCUGCCUGGCCUGUAUAUUGGCAACUUCAAAGAUGCCAGAGAUGCAGAGCAAUUGAGCAAGAACAAGGUGACGCACAUUCUAUCUGUGCACGACAGCGCCAGGCCGAUGCUGGAGGGGGUUAAAUACCUGUGCAUUCCAGCAGCGGAUUCACCCUCUCAAAACCUGACGCGACAUUUCAAAGAAAGUAUUAGAUUCAUCCAUGAGUGCCGCCUCCAGGGCGAGGGCUGCCUGGUUCACUGCUUGGCGGGCGUCUCCAGGAGCGUGACACUGGUGGUCGCUUAUAUCAUGACGGUCACCGACUUCGGCUGGGAGGACGCCCUGCACACCGUGCGCGCAGGCAGGUCGUGUGCGAACCCCAACCUGGGCUUCCAGAGGCAGCUGCAAGAGUUUGAGGAGCUCCAGGUCCACCAGUUUCGCCAGUGGCUGCGGGAGGAGUAUGGAGAAAGCCCGCUGCGGGACGCCGAGGAGGCCAGGAGCAUUCUGGCCGCCCCAGGCAUUCUGAAGUCCUGGUCCUUUCUCAGAAGACCAUAA